UUGAUUUAGUUAAAAUUUUGAUUGUUACACUCUAUCGGAAUCACUUAGAUUGGCCCCAAUCCUGCGAAGAUCGGGCAGUCAACUCCAUAUCCUCAUCUCUCAUCCCCCGAUUUCUCCUCGCCGGCGCCGGAAGUUAAUUUUUUCGUCAUUUGGCCCAUCUGAAGUGAGUUUUGCAGUCCAAUAGAAAUAGCCGCCGCCAUGGUUAAAACGUUCCCUUGUUGCUGACUACUACGGGUUGGUGCCCGAGGAGGGGGUGGAGGUGCAGUGGUGCGUGGCGUUUCAAAUCGGAAUCGCUAAGAGGCUACAGAAAUGUGGUUCUGAUCCGGAUCGGAUCGGUUUCGGCUACCCGGACCUUGACUGUUGAAUCUGAAGCUCAAUGCAGAUCUACCAUCUAAGGUAGCGAGUUCAUUUAAUGGAUGCAAUAAAUGGUUCGGAAUCUUUCGAAGAAAUACCUUAUGCAGAUAUCAAGUCUUUCUUUGAUUCUGCUCCUUCCCUGGGAGAUGCUGCAGAAACAAAAAUUAAAGAGGAAUUAGAAAAUUUUAUCAGAAGGAAUUCUUCACCAUCAGAGAACGGAACAGCCAGAAGGGUUGUCUGUGUGACAUCUGGAGGUACAACUGUUCCUUUGGAACAGCGAUGUGUUCGUUACAUUGACAAUUUCAGCUCAGGUCACAGAGGAGCUGCAUCCACGGAAUACUUUUUGAAGGCUGGAUAUGCUGUUGUAUUUCUUUACCGAAAAGGAACCUGCCAGCCAUAUUGCAGUUCUCUUCCAGAUGAUCCAUUGCUUGAAUGUUUUGAAGUUAGUAGUGAAUCAAAUAUUACAGUGCACCAGACACAUGCAGAAAAAGUAAAGGGAGCAAUCAGUGAUCAUCGUGCAGCAAUUGCACGAGGCUCCUUGUUGAAACUUCCCUUUACAACAAUUUUUGAAUAUCUUCAGAUUUUGCAGUUUAUUGCACUAUCAAUGAGGAGCCUUGGACCAAAUGCUAUGUUUUAUCUUGCCGCAGCAGUUUCUGAUUUUUACGUUCCUUGGGAGAGUAUGGCACUGCAUAAAAUCCAAUCUGCCUCUGGUCCUCUGGACAUUCGACUUGCUCAGGUCCCAAAGAUGCUUCCGGUGCUGAGGAAAGACUGGGCACCUAUGGCAUUUUGCAUAUCGUUUAAGCUAGAGACUGAUACGAAAAUUCUGCUGGAGAAAGCUGACAUGGCCCUUAAGAAAUACAAUAUGCAUAUGGUGGUAGCUAAUGAGCUUAAAACACGUAAAGAAGAAGUCAUAGUCGUCACAAAGAAUGGAAACAUCACAAUUCGCCGAGACAUGACUCACGCUGGUGCCGAUGUAGAAGAGCCACUGGUCAAACUCAUUGUGGAUAGGCAUUCUGCUUAUAUAAGUUCUCAAUCAUGACUUCAGAUGAACAACGUUAAUCGGGUGACAGAACUAUCUGGCAAAACUUCUUCAUGUCCAUUAAUGAAUGAAAGUGAAGAAGUCCCAGUUUUUUUCUAUUUUAGCAGUGUGGUUUGUUGAAGUGCUUCACGUAUGACACAAUAAUUGUAGACCUAACAAUUUACCUAUUUUUGUUAUAGAAGAAAUGGAUAGCAUCUCUUUUAGUUCA